GUCUUCCACCUCCACCCCUGCCGGCCUACCCCCGGUUAUAUAGAAGCCUCCGGAUUGAAAUCCCCCGACCAUCAACUUGGGCGAGAAUAGGCUGUAGGGUAAAUAGAAGCGGCAUCCAUCUGCUUCUGAUCGGCACGUAUCUCUGGGGUUUACCCCCACGUCCCCCAGAUUCCCCCGCAUUGAGAGUCCUCGUUGUGAUUGAUGGAAAAACGGCGACACUUGGCUGUCAUCCGUCAAGGAUGCGAUCUGCAUCUCGGGCCAAAGCAGCCCGACCACGCUUAUAUACACGCCACGGAGCUUGUCGUGCCUGGCGUUGCCGUGCUUCUUGGGUGAGCCGAUCCGCUUCCUGUUCGCAGUCAACAUGAAGAAAUACGCCAUCGUCGGCACCGGCGGCCGCGCCAUCUUCUUCUACUCGGCUCUCGUCAGCGACUUUGCCUCCACGGCACAGCUGGUGGCUUUUUGCGACAGCAAUUCCACUCGCAUGGCCUAUGCAAACUCGCGCCUAGAGGUACUUGGUCACUCCGUCGUUCCGACAUAUCUCGCGGGCGAUUUCGACCGCAUGAUCCGGGAGACUAAACCGGAUGAGAUUAUUGUCACUACCAUCGAUCGCACCCACAACGACUACAUCGUGCGAGCCCUGGACCUAGGAUGUAAUGUCAUCACCGAGAAGCCGAUGACUAUCGACGCUGCGCGAUGCCGACAGAUUCUCGACGCCGUCGACCGGACCGGAGGGCGCGUGCGCGUCACCUUUAACUAUCGUUACGCGCCGCACAACACCAAGAUCUACGAGCUGCUCUCGUCGGGCGCGAUCGGCCAGGUGAACUCGGUGCAUUUCGAAUGGAUGCUCAACACGUCGCAUGGCGCCGAUUACUUCCGGCGCUGGCAUCGGGACAAACGGAACAGCGGCGGCCUCCUGGUGCACAAGUCCACGCAUCACUUCGACCUGAUCAACUUCUGGCUGCAGAGCCACCCCGAGACGGUCGUCGCCAUGGGGGACCUGCGGUUCUAUGGGAAGGAGAACGCCGAGAAGCGCGGAGUCACAAAAUUCUACUCGCGCGCCCACGGCAGCCAAAACGCCCGCGACGAUCCGUUCGCUUUGCACCUGGACCAGAAUGAACAACUGAAGGCUAUGUACCUGGACGCCGAGAGGGAUGACGAAUACUACCGGGACCAGAGCGUGUUCGGCGACGGCAUCAGCAUUGAGGACACGAUGGGCGUCAUGGUGCGGUAUCGGUCGGGUGCCGUGCUGACCUAUAGUCUGACCGCGUAUGCCCCUUGGGAGGGCUUCCGGGUCUGCUUCAACGGCAGCCAGGGACGCCUAGAGGUGGAGGUGGUUGAGCAGUCGUAUGUCAACUCGGGGGGCGAGCAGUCGCUAGAAGGCGCCCUCGAGAGUCGGACCAUCCUGCUUCGUCCUAUGUUUGGGAAGCCGGUCGAGAUCGAGGUACCGCACGGCUCGGGAGGUCAUGGCGGAGGCGAUCCGCAGCUGUUGAAUGAUCUGUUUGGCGAUGCACCGGUGGAUCAGUGGCGUCGAGCUGCAACGCAUAUUGACGGGGCGCGUUCGAUCCUGACCGGCAUCGCGGCGAACCUCUCGAUGCAGAGAGGAGAUGUUGUUCGGGUGGACGAUGUCUUGAAGAUUUAGA